UAUAGCGACACGUGGGCUGCAGAAGAUGGCACAUGAAGGGUUUGAAUGAACGCGAAACUCAAGGACAGAACAAUGUUUGAUCCGGGGCGGGUCUUAGUGUUCAGUGAACUCACCUGCUGGACGUCACAAAAGCAAAGUGCCAAAGAGGAAGCAGCAGCCGAAGAGUCGAAAGCUGUGACAGCAGGUGUGAAAUGGCAACCAUUCGUCGACAGUUUCCCUACACGCCAAAAGCCCCUGUCAGACAGGGAGUGUACAGCCAGUCGGUGGUUGUGGACAGAACGAUGUACAUUUCUGGUCAGCUGGGGCUGGACGUGGCCUCUGGUCAGCUGGUGGAUGGAGGAGUGCAGGCCCAGGCCAAACAGGCUCUCAUCAAUAUGGGGGAGAUCCUUAAAGCUGCUGGCUGCGACUACACCAAUGUGGUGAAGACGACGGUGCUACUCGCCGAUAUAAACGACUUCAACAGUGUCAACGAGGUGUACAAAACAUUUUUCAGCAGUAACUUUCCUGCCAGAGCUGCCUACCAAGUCGCCGCUCUGCCGAGAGGUGGACUGGUGGAAAUUGAGGCUAUUGCUGUUCUCGGUCCUCUCUCAGACUCCUGACUAGCCGGCCACGUUCCAAACAAGUUGUAACCACCAAGUGACCUUAUAGCUGUGCAGCAGAAGCCUGUUGCAUUUCCAGAUGACACAUGAAAGACCAAACCAGGAUUAUGUUCUUUUUCCGUAGUCAGGUUUUAGCAUAGUUUCUUCUCUGGCUGCUGUAGCUGGAUGAACGGUUUUCAGUAUUAUAAGAACAGAGCAGCACUUAAUUCACCAGUAUUUGGUUUGUGGCUAAUAUUCAUUUCACACCUGACACAUUUCAAGCAAGACAUCAUGUAAAGUGGGAUUGUUUCUGUAUAACCAGUCCAGACCAGUAACAUUCUCUGGUCACAGUGGCCCCAUUCAGGGUCAACUUCCUCUUAUCUUCUGUUUGGUUGCAGAGAAUUGUUUUAACAGUGCAGCUCUCACUAAUAAAAAAUUU